AACAAAGGGGCUGGAACCAGAAAGAGCGCUCCCCUUUAAAUCCGAAUGCACAUCCAUUUAAUGAACUGCGCUGCCUGCAUCACUUCGCCUGGCUUUUGUCUUUUGGGAUCUUUUAUUUCAUCCCGCACGAUUGCUGGCCAAUACACCUUUUUGCGUGUAGUUCUCCAUAAAACCCAAAGAAGAAGAAUACUUCGCAUCACUGGUUGGCGGUGGUUGUAUGGUUAGUGUUGUGUUUAGAUCUGGCCGUGGUGUUUACAAUACCACACUCCGAAUGCGAUGGGAAUGCUGAAGAAAUGGCUUUAAAACGAAUUGUUCUCACGUUACUGACCCUGUUUGGGUUCGUAGCCAUCGGUGAUGCCCUGCGGUGUAACUGCACCAACUGUGUGAAGUCUGGUUAUGAAUGUGAGACUGACGGGGCGUGCAUGGCCUCCACCUCCUUCAUCCAGGGGCGAGAGCAGCAUGUAAGGAUCUGUAUUACCAGAGACAGCCUUGUGCCCCCUGGCCAACCUUUCUACUGUCUGAGUGCUGAGGGACUGCUCAACACACACUGCUGCUACACUGACUACUGCAACCGCGUCGACCUCAAGGUCCCCUCGCUCCCAGUGAGCUCUGGUGGCCCCUGGGGGCCGGUGGAGCUUGUGGCUGUGAUCGCAGGGCCAGUCUUCCUGCUGUGCAUGCUGCUGCUGCUGGGAGUGUUCCUGUUCCAACACCACCAGAGGACCUACAGGCAGAGGCUGGAGGUGGAGGACCCCUCCUGUGAACACCUCUACCUGGCCAAGGACAAGACCCUGCAGGACCUCAUCUACGACAUGUCCACCUCCGGGUCUGGUUCUGGUCUGCCCCUGUUUGUGCAGCGUACCGUGGCCAGGACCAUUGUUCUGCAGGAGAUCAUCGGGAAAGGCCGCUUUGGGGAGGUGUGGCGGGGGAAGUGGCGUGGAGGAGACGUGGCGGUGAAGAUCUUCUCUUCCCGGGAGGAGCGGUCGUGGUUCAGAGAGGCUGAGAUCUACCAGACCGUCAUGCUGCGACACGAGAACAUCCUGGGAUUCAUCGCCGCCGACAAUAAAGAUAACGGCACAUGGACCCAGCUGUGGCUGGUGUCAGACUACCAUGAGCACGGCUCUCUGUUUGACUACCUGAACCACUACUCCGUGACAAUCGAGGGUAUGAUCAAACUGUCCCUGUCUGCUGCCAGCGGCCUGGCUCACUUGCACAUGGAGAUACUGGGAACGCAGGGCAAACCUGGCAUCGCCCACCGUGAUCUGAAGUCUAAGAAUAUUCUGGUGAAGAAGAAUGGCAUGUGUGCCAUCGCUGACCUUGGGCUGGCAGUACGCCACGAGUCAAUCUCUGAUACUAUAGACAUCGCCCCUAACCAGCGCGUUGGCACCAAGAGGUAUAUGGCUCCAGAGGUCCUGGAAGAGACCAUCAACAUGAAACACUUUGACUCGUUUAAGUGUGCUGACAUCUACGCUCUGGGGCUGGUGUACUGGGAGAUAGCACGCCGCUGCAACACUGGAGGUAUCCAUGAAGAGUACCAGCUACCCUACUUUGACCUGGUGCCCUCUGACCCUUCCAUAGAUGAGAUGAGGAAGGUGGUGUGUGACCAGAGGCUGAGGCCUAAUGUGCCCAACUGGUGGCAGAGCUACGAGUCUCUUCGUGUGAUGGGUAAGAUCAUGAGAGAGUGCUGGUACUCUAACGGAGCGGCCCGCCUCACAGCUCUACGCAUCAAGAAGACCCUGUCUCAGCUCAGUGUCGAAGAGGACAUCAAGAUGUAAGAUCAGUGUGGGACGGACAGCAGAGCCAUGUAGCUCACUGGAGACGCACAACUACAGAAGACAUGAGGUGUGUCCCAAAAGGCACCCUAUUCCCAGUGUAGUGCACUACUUUUGACAAGGGCCUAUAGAGCUCUGGUUAAAAGUAGUGCACUAUAUAUGCACUAGAGUGCCAUUCGGGACCAGGCUACAGAGGACUAACACUACACAGGGAAAGGACUGAGACCAAAUCCUGCCAGUUUAAAAGCCACACGCCAAGUUGUGACGAUGCCUACCUCACCUUUUUAGCCCAAACUACUGAGAAUCUCCCCACUGACCCUCCUCUCUUCUUCCUCCCUCCCUCCCUUUGUUCUCCUUCACCAUGUUAUCCCAACCUCCUCUCCUUCCCUUUUCACCACACUACAACACUACCACUGUUAAUACUACUAUUAUUAUCAGUGCAAAUCGCCCUGUUCAGUUUUUGUUUUGUGUUCCGAGGCAGGAAUUAUUACUAUUGUACAGUGACAGGAAUUUUGUUUUAAAUAUUAUUUUUUACAUCUUUUAAGAAAAACAAGAUUUUCCCACAAUGGACUAGCUACAUCUUGAAAACACAUUUUUUAGUUAAAGAAUAUUGUGUUAUGAGUUUGACUUAUUUGUUUUCAUGGCAACACAUUGCUUUUUGGAGCAUGUGGGAGAGUAGCAGAAGCACUGUUUUCGUCCCCCAGCCCAACCGUCUCUACAGGAUGAAACCAACCUACCAUAUAAGGCAGGAAAGUCACUUCUAUAGCGAUGUCCCAAUAUACAUCAGCAGAGUAGACUGCAGACAUUCCUAUACUGCUUUCAGAAGCCUGGAACAGCCUGGAAUAGCCUGUAGUUUAUUGGUCAUUUAACAUUGUGUUUUAUUUAAGCAGACAAAGUGUGCAUUCUGCUACUUGAAUAUUCCACAAAAAACAUGUUGCACUCAAUGUCUGUGACUCCCUCCUCCUUGUAUGUGACUCCUACAUGUAUCACAUUUGACAUUUGGUCCAGUUUGUUGUUUUUGAAAUGUGGCAGGGGUGGUUUUUUUUAAUGGUUUUAUUUAUUUGUUAAUAGUUGUAUUAUUUCAUAUUUUGAUGAAUACACUGUGAUAUUUGAUGUGAUGAGGAAGCCAGUGUCUCAGCCAGUCAAAGAUUUUGAUUUAUAACGUAUUUCUAAUUCCGCAUUCUCCAUAUGUGAUAAGUUAGCUGGGGUAGCUCCAACCUCGAUAACCACCGGCUUUCUCGUGUUCAAUCUUAGGAAAUAGCCUCAUUUCACCUGUGGGUAGUGCUAGUGGCCAAUACACUGAGCAAAUAAGAGGCAAAACAAUGCCAAUGAAAAUACUGUUUUACUAUAGCUAAUACUGAUGGCUACAUUUGAUUUGUAUAUUUAAAAAAAAAUAUCGUCUGUGGUAUGGUCAUUUUUCAACGACACAUCUUCAUUGGUACUUUCGGUUGGUUUCUCUGAGAUGCAGAACUCAAAGGAAAGCUUGUCACGGAGCAAAAUUGUUACUUUUUUCUGUAUGUCCUUUCUUGGGUUGUAGCCAUCUAUUUUCCCUUUAUUGACACUGGAAUAGUUGAUAAUAUCGUGAUGUAACUAUCAGCUCAUCUCACCAUUUGCGUAUUUAUUUUCAGAAUUUGUUUUAAUUUUGAUCCAAGAAGAAUAGGUUGGAUGUGCAUUAUAUAACGGUUAUUAGGCUAACACUUGAACUAGGCUCUCAAACAGUCCCUUGUUCUGCAUGCUGUCUCAACACUGGGACCUCCAUCUUUAAGGAGGUCAAAGAUGGAACAAAUUACUUUUUUGUCUCCUCGCUGCAUUCUAUUUGUGUUUUUCAUUUCGAUAUAGAGCGUGUAUACCAGUAAAUGUAUGUUGCUGGUACUGUGACAUUGGAAAGGAUAUACCACAGAUUGAGUAUUUUGGGGUCAAUCUGUCCUGGUAUUUCAUGAGCGCUUUGAGGAACAAAUGGUUGUCAAUAGAACCAAAUGUAAAAUAUUCUUGUCAAUGUUUUGGUCUGUUGUCAUGGGAAUUAGUUUUGUUAUAUCAAACAUACCUCUUCAAAAACCAUGUUAAACCAAUCUUUUCAGGAAUAGUUGGAAAAUGUGUACAUAUGGUAGGUGAUAUACAGUAAUAAAUACAAGUUUUUCUUAAUUUGA